CACAGCAAAAACCUCAUAGAAAUUUUGGCUUUGAUUGUGUUGGCACGGAGAGAGGUUUGGAUCUGUUGAUACAAUUGCCAUUGUUGCAGACAUUGUUAUUCAUACAAAGGAACUUUUAAUUGCCACUGACCUGUACUUGAGACCUUUAUUUACGAUCACGUAGGAGCAGAAGUCAAGGCGUAUAGCUUGACUUUUUCAAGAAUUUCACAACAAGAAUGAAAUAUCUCACAUGCCUUGAAAAUUACCACAGCUGACGUUUGGAAAGCUUAAAAAAGAACUGUAGGGCUUUCUUCCAAAUCGUAACAUCAUACGUAACGUGCAUGGCGAACAAAAGACUCAGCACUCAGACUCACUCACAGAUGAGUCUUUGAAUUCUCUCAGUAAACACUGUACUGCUGUUUGUCAGCUCUUCCUGAAUUUGAAACUUCACCUAAACUUCCAGGAAGGACGAGAACAAGUCCUUUUCUCUUACUUCAAAAAGUGUCUCCUGUUCAUUACAGACUCUUAAAAACAUGACUGAAAGUCCUCUACUGAGCGCUCCCUUCCCAAACCAAAGUGAAAACAAGAGCAACUCAACUGUUUGUCCAGACUUGGAUAACUGGUGGGAAAUCGUGUACUACUUAGUACCUAAGUGUAUUGACACCAUCUGUGUUAUUGGAAUGCUUGGAAACUUAUUCAUUCUCUUUGUUUACUCACUGUACAAGGGCCCCCUGAAGAUAGCUGAAAUCUACCUUGGGAACCUAGCUGCUGCUGAUCUUAUUUUUCUCAUAUGUCUCCCUUUCUGGGCAGAGAAUAUCCGGAAUAAGUAUAACUGGCCAUUUGGAAAUUUUCUUUGUCGUAGUGCCAGCGCAUCCAUCCGCCUAAACAUGUACACUAGCAUUUACUUGCUAGUAGCAGUCAGUUUGGAUCGCUAUUUGACUUUUGUUCAUACCUUGACACACAGAAGAAUACGUAGCAAAGCUACAACCAAAGGGAUCUGCUUGCUCAUCUGGAUCUUUGGGAUCCUUCUCAGCAUCCCAAUCUUUAUGUUUCGGACUGUGAAACACUUUCCUGAGUGGAAUAUCUCUGCGUGUGUUUUAGACUUCCCCACCCCAUUUUGGGGAACAGCUGAACGUCUGGUAUUCACCAUAGUGGGGUUUGCAUUGCCAUCUACAGCAAUCGUCUUCUUCAAUUUCUGUACCAUUCGCUCCCUACAAGAACACACAAGAGAACAAAGAGCAUUCAGGACAAAGAGUUGCAAGGACCACAGAGACACAAAGGCCACAAGGUUGAUCUUCUUAGUGGUGCUGAUGUUUCUUUUGUGCUGGACUCCUCACCAUCUUGUUACAUUCCUUGAUAUAUUAUUUCAGAUGGAAGUGAUCAAAGGCUGUUUCUGGGAGGAUUUUCUCAACUUUGGUGAGCAGUUUAGUUCUACUCUGGCUAUCACCAAUAGUUGCAUUAACCCAAUAAUUUAUGUCUUUGCUGGGAAAUAUUUCAGGCAAAAAGCUUUAGAAGUUUUUUCACAGUUUUUCUGCUGUGGGUAUUUUUUGAGCCAUGUAUCAUUCCAAGAAAAGUCUUCAUAUUUCAGCUUGUUUCUAGUCAAGAGUAGUUCAAGUUCAUGAUUCUCAGUUCCGUCUUAAUUUUGAUAUUACAACUUAUUUGAAAUUGCAUUCAAAUUAACAGGAAUUGCACUAUUCUAGCAUUCUCAGACUAAGUUAAUUAUUUAUUAAAUCACUUUGCUGUUUAUUUGUCCAUGGGCUUGCUUUUCCUUUUCUGUGUUACCAUCCAAAGGUAUAAUGUGUGAUACCAGAAUUUUAUACCAAAUGAUCUAACCUGUCUCAUCAGUUAUCUGUGACUGGAAAGAAAAGUUCUUUGACAAGGUAUCAGAAUUUUGGUUUCCUUACAGAGCGCUAUAAACUAAUUGACCAAUUUAUUAUAUUGUAUCUAUGGUGACAGCUAUUAUACCACCAAUAACACUAUGCAAAGGAUUAUAAGGUAUAAUACAGAGCAAAUAUGAGCUUAAGUUUCAGUUGAUAGCUGUAUUUGAGCAAUUACAGACCAGAUUCAGUUAUUUUUAUCAGUAUUUUAAAUGGGUUGUAUUUUCAGUGUAGUAUUAGAAAAUUUGAACAACUGUUCAUUUAAAAUAUAUUCAUUGCUUAAAUAUUACAUAAUAAAAUGUACUACAAAGGAAAUGUACUUGAGCUCUAAUAAAAAGCAGAAUAACCCAGUAUCAACCUCAAAA